AUGACCUUCGCACGCCAAUCCUUGUCGUCGUUUCGACUCCCAACUAUCACAUCCGCCCUGCGAAGCAAACCUACGUACGGCCCAUAUACCUCUCUACGUAUGGAGUCAGGAAAAGUCAAGACCCCCGUCUCGUCCGAUCUCAAGCACGACAAGAAAGUCACAGACCAUACCGAUGGCGCCAUGGCUUCGCUCAAGGGCACACCUGGAAAACAAAACGCAAACUCUUUCGAAAGCCAGAACUUGACAGAAAAGGAAAAGAAGACCAACAGUCAGAAUGCACAAGCAAACGAUAGCAAUGAGGGCAUGUCGGGCGAGAAGACGGAUAGCUUUACAAAGUCGGGAAGGUCACACAAGGUGUAG